AUGGCUCGCUACGACAGCCAGGCCAUCCGCCUCUCCGGCCGCAUCUUCCGCACCCUCCUACCUUCAUUCAUCGCCGAUCUCGCUUAUCCCGACCACAAGCCUACCUAUAGAGUUCACCCGACAUCGUACCUCGAUGGCCUUCGCGGCAUCGCGUCCUUUAUCGUCUUCUUUUGUCACUAUACCGAAGAGAACCACAAAUACAUGGUGCCGUCUUAUGGUCUUAACCCGAAGGGCCAGGAUAGCUCGUGGCUGCAGCUUCCGUUCUUGCGCAUCGUGUUCUCAGGGCGGCCGAUGGUCCACAUCUUCUUUGUUAUAUCAGGCUUUGUGCUGUCGUACAAGCCACUGAAAUUAUUGCAUGCCAAAAAUUUGGAAAAGAGCGCGGCGACGGUGGCAAGUUCGGCCUUCAGACGACCUUUUAGGCUGUACGGGCCAUGUAUCGUCUCGACGUUCAUCAUCGCCAUCUUGAUACAGAUGGGCUACCUAUACAAGCCGAAAGAGACAUUAUCUGAGCAGCUCUGGGCUUGGAAGGACGCCGUGUUCCACAGCAUAACAUGGCCGUGGGCUUGGGAUUUUGACCUGAGGCCAGGAUAUGACGUGCAUCUGUGGACUAUCCCCAUCGAAAUGGCUCACUCCAUGUUACUUUUCUUGGUUCUCAUCACUCUCUCCCUGGUACGGCUGAGAUUACGACAGUUUAUCAAUUUUGCAUUGAUGAUAUACUGCUUGUGCUGCGGCAAGUGGGCCGGCUUUGAAUUCCUCGGCGGCAUGUUCUUGGCUGAGAUCCGGUUGCUUCAGGCUUCUGGUAACGGCGAGUGGUGGGUCGAACUCCGGAAGCGGCACAGGAUCCUCCACAUCUUGCGUUCGGCGUUCUGGUGUGGCGUCAUCCUCGUAUUUGUCUUCGUUGGAGGGUGGCCCAAUUUCGACGCAGAGAAGACUCCAGGCAUUAGGUUUCUAAACGCCCAUACGCCGUACCCAUUUGCGACCAUGGACCCCUUGGCGCCGCAGAAAUACUGGUUUGCACUUGCUGCCAUCUUUGCUGUGUACGCGUGCGGAGAGCUGGUGUUGGUUCGACGGUUUCUGGACAGUUCAGUGGGCCAAUACUGCGGCCGGUUAAGUUAUGCCAUCUACAUAGUCCACGGGCCCGUCUUGGAGAUUUUUCAAAAAAUGACGAUAGGGCAGCCCUUUACACCGCAGAUAGGAAACCCGGGCGAGAAAGAUUUUGUACCUGCCCAGCUAGGCAAGGGCAUCAAGGGCAUGAUCGGGGUCGAGGGGCCCACACAGCGCUUCGCGUGCUGGGCAACCGGACUACUGGUCCUAUUCCCCAUUGUUGUUUGGGUCUCUGACAUAUUCUGGCGGCUAGUAGACGCGCCGAUUGUUGAGUUUGCGCGCAACGUUGAAAGGUUGUGUGUAGAUGAGGAGAUUGAGCCAAGUAAGAGGAGAGAAUACGAACAGAGAUAUCAAAUGGUGGGAGUAUAG